UCGCUAGGUUUGCCAAACCAAUUCCCCAUAGGGGUCCUUAGAGACCAAUCCUCUUCCCUCUCUCUCUUACUUUUUCUAUCCUUUCCUUAUUCCCUCUUUCAAUGGCUUCCUCAUCUUCCAGAACAAAGUCAAGUGGACCCGUUCUACGCUCUCUCUCACCCUCCACCAGAUUCUGUUCCUACACCACAUCCAAAACCCCUUUCUCUUCACCUUCUUCAGCCUUUGCUUCCUCCACAGGCUCCACCUUCUCCUCUCCUUCCUCCACCUUCUUCACCAACACUCGUCACCAAAACUCCCACACAAACCACCACUCUCAUCACCGUGCCGCUUCCCCUACACGUGUUAAUCUAUACUCACCCACGCCUCCUUCAUCUUCCGUACGCUUCUCGAUCGACCCCCGUUCCAUCUCCCCCAACCGCUCCAUCUCCAACCAGAUCAUCACCAAGAACAGCCGUCCCAUCUCUGGCCACAAGAAAACCUGCAUGUGUUCCCCUACUACACACCCUGGCUCUUUCCGAUGCAGCCUACACAAGAACACUGCCAGCAACAACCACCACGCGGAUUCCUACCCCUCUAAUCGCCUCAAUAUGCGCAGAUCCGCGAUGAAGAACUCGCUUGUGAGGAUCGGAGGCGUGGAGGGUGAGUGGGUGAAACGUGCCCUAACCGCGCUUAUUCGGCCCAGUUCUCAUCAGCAAAGGAGGAGAGCGGCCUUCGAGCCCAGGCCCAGCCGUCUCUCUGUCAUGUCCAAGGCCCAGGAUCCUUGAUUUUUUUUUCAAUUUAAUUUUACAGGUUCGUUCUCCAUUUUACUGCUAUUGCGGUGGUUUAACUACCCCUAGCGCCCUGAUCUGCCGCCAGAGUUGGAUUCCGGCGAAGCGGUUGGGAGGUAGCGGCGAGUCCUCUCCGGCGAGUUUUGAUUUCGUCGUCUGGAGUAGCAGAUUGGUGAAUUGUCUCCUUGGCGCAUUUCCCCAUAGAUCUAUUUCACUGGACGCACACACACAAUUGCUAUUGUACAUAACUUUUGCUAUGGAAGCAGAGUUUUGGACCAAUUUUCA